CCUCUCACCCUUUGGGCCAGGAAGCGCGGAAGGAACCUCCGGGGGCCAUGGACGGAGCCGUGAUGGAAGGGCCGCUCUUUCUGCAGAGUCAGCGCUUCGGGACCAAGAGGUGGAGGAAGACCUGGGCCGUGCUCUACCCGGCCAGUCCGCACGGCGUUGCGCGCCUCGAGUUCUUUGACCAUAAGGGGUUGAGCUCUGGAGGUGGCCGAGGGGGUUCGCGCCGCCUGGACUGCAAGGUGAUUCGUCUGGCCGAAUGUGUGAGCGUGGCCCCGGUGUCCCUGGAGAGCCCCCCUGAGCCCGGCGCCACUGCCUUCCGCCUGGAUACUGCGCAGCGAUCGCACCUGCUGGCUGCCGAUGCGCCGUCCAGCGCUGCCUGGGUGCAGACGCUGUGCCAAAACGCCUUUCCGAAAGGCAGCUGGGCUCUGGCGUCUGCUGAAAACACACCUAAACUUUCUGCCCUGGAGAUGCUGGAGAACUCCUUGUACAGCCCCACCUGGGAAGGAUCCCAAUUCUGGGUAACCGUGCAGAGGACUGAGGCCGCUGAGCGCUGUGGCUUGCAUGGCUCCUAUGUGCUGAGGGUAGAGGCAGAGAGGCUGACUCUCUUGACCGUGGGGGCCCAGAGUCAGAUACUGGAGCCGCUCCUGUCCUGGCCCUACACUCUGUUGCGUCGCUAUGGCCGGGAUAAGGUCAUGUUCUCUUUUGAGGCCGGCCGCCGCUGCCCCUCAGGCCCUGGAACCUUCACCUUCCAGACGGCACAGGGAAAUGACAUCUUUCAGGCAGUUGAGACUGCCAUCCACCGGCAGAAGGCCCAGGGAAAAGCGGGACAGGGGAACGACGUUCUUAGAGCUGAAGCCCAUGAAGGGGAGGUGGCAGAAGGGAAGUUGCCUUCUCCUGGCCCCCAGGAGCUCCUGGGCAACCCCCCAGCCCUGUAUGCUGAGCCCUUAGACUCCCUGCGCAUUGCUCCAGGCCCUUCCCAGGACUCCCUAUACUCAGACCCCUUGGACAGCACUCCUGCUUGGGCAGCGGAGGGGGUACAGUUGAAGAAACCUCUCUAUUGGGACUUGUAUGAGCAUGUGCAGCAGCAGUUGCUGAAGGCCAAGGUGACAGACGUGAAAGAGGACCCCAUCUAUGAUGAACCUGAGGGCCUGGCUCCAGCCCCUUCCCGGAGCCUUUAUGAUCUACCUCAGGAACCCAAGGAUGCAUGGUGGUGCCAGGCCCGGGUGAAGGAGGAGGGCUACGAGCUCCCCUACAACCCUGCCACUGAUGACUAUGCUGUGCCACCCUCUCGGAGCACAAAGCCCCUCCCAGCUCCCAAGCCCCAGGGCCUGGCAUUCCCUGAACCUGGUACUGCAACAGGCAGUGGCAGCAAAGGCCACAGCUCAGACACUGUCCUGUACAGCCAGGUGCAGAAGAGUGGAACCUCAGGGAGCUGGGACUGUGGGCUCUCUGGAGUAGGGACUGACAGGGCUGGGGUCAAGUCAGAGGGCUCUUCCUGAGAAGAAAGGCAGGGCUGGGGUUGCUGACAGGAGGACCAUGGGGAGGUGCCUCCAGGGAUCAAAGAACCCUGUUAGAACCAGUGGGUGGGAGGGGUCAGUGUGACCGGAAGGGUUAGGGGAGUUAAGGGAAGGGUGAUCAAUCCCAGGAAGUCCUAGGAAGUGGAAGAGAUGGCAGGGCUGAGAGAUGGGUUCUGGGGGGGGGCGGUCAUCACCCCAAAGCCAUCCCUUCCCUACUUCCCAAAGGAAGGGACAGCUGCUGGACCAGGUCUAUGGAAAGGGGUGUUUGGUCAGAGUGGGCACAGUUCGAGGGGCCUGUAUGGAACCUGUAGGGAGAUGCUGGACUGUGCCUAGAUCCUUACCCUUGCAUUGUUCUUUGCCAGAGAUAUAUUUAAAAUUUUUUUAAUUCUCAUUAAAGUCAGCUUGGGUUUAA